AAUCACAAGAAGCGAAAAGAGGAGCAUUUCUUGCUUUUGUAGCUGUUGUCAUUCUUGGUGCUGCUCACUGCUCAACUGCUCAAGAAAGACAAAAGCGCUUUGAGUGUUGAGGUUAAUGCUAUGCUAUGGCUAUGGCUAUGGCUAUGGACUCCAAAAUUUCAAUGCCAGACUCCUCCAAACGCCUUCUUUUCGACCGUCGUUACGGUUGGGUAAUUGACGAAUGGAAAGACCCAUCUGAGGAAGCACUUGCUGGAGGCCGAGGAAUGUUUUGCAUACUGCCUCUAACAAAAGCUUUGAUGAAGACGGUUUCUCAAUCGGUUAGUCUUGCAGGGAGCUCUGCAGUUAAAGCUCUUGAAAGGACAGAACUAAUGUUGCCUCAGAUAGUCCAAGAUGAUCUAAAUGAUCAGCUUCAUAAGUUCAUGUCUUCAUUGGAGAAUCAAAAAUUCAACCAACUCUUCCUCAAAGAAAAUUUGCAAACAAAUGCAGUCAGUUGCUCUUCCCAUCUACAUAUGGAUAGCAGUGAAUCACAAGAUUCACAACUGGCCUGAAGCAAUUAGAUUUGACCAAGCCCUUUCACUUGAAUAUGUAUCCUUUAUAAACCAUUACUUUAGGCUUUUGUUUCUGUAGCAAGCUAGAUGAUAUUGUCUGUGAUUAUGAUAACAUUAUUUGCUGUUUGAAAUUUUUUAUUAAGAAAAAUAGGACUUAUCAAUU